AUGAUGAUCGAACAAGAUACUCAAGAUAACUUAAUAGAGGAGGCGAAACCAAUAAUCAAUGAAUCGGAUGAUGACCGAUACGAUUUCUAUCAGUGUAUUAAAGUCUAUGCAUAUUCACUAUGCUGCUUUGUUGGUUCAUCUAUUGGAGCUUUACCAACACUUUUAUCGCGCUCUGGACCAUUUCCACUGAUGGUGAAUAUUAUUAUUGCCACGAUAAUGCAGGGAACUCUGGUAUUCAUUUUUACAACGAUACUUCAACAAGCUCGGAUUUUAUUGCUUGUUCGAGGAAUUAAGAAAUUACCUAGCAAAGUUGAAACAGGAAAGAUGGAGCUAGAUGAACUAGAUUCAUUAUCACCCAAAGAAGCCCAAGUUCAGGAUGAAAUGCAAGACGAAAUUCAAAUUGCUGACGAUAAAAUUGCAGCUGAUAGUUUUGCCGUUAAUAUUAAUUCCAUUGUACAUUUAUUUCUUCCAAUGAUUUGUGAAAUUAUCUAUAUUUUCUCAUUUUACUUUCAUUUCUUUGUAGUUUUGAUUGGAUUAGGAUUAGCAUCAUCAGAAGCUAUAGCACAAGUCAUUGGUGUUAAGUAUGUCCAAAAAUUUAUUGCUACAAUAUCUAAUACUAUCCAUCUGAAAUUUUUUUCAGAUGAGAUUAUUGCCACAGCAUGCCUUAGCGUAACAACACCAACAGUUCCUAACAAUAAUUUUCAAUACAUCACUUCCUCUUACCUCUAUUUAACAUUUACUCUAGGUGGUUGGCCAAAUUAUAUGGUAGAGCCAUUCACAAUGAUUCGUAUGAAGAAGAAGAAAGAGGUGAAAUUUCUGUAA